AUCACAUGCAAGAAAAGGUAAGAUUUUUAGAAUGCCACAGCUUGGAACUCUUGGCCUUUUGUGCAAGCUUAUGAUGACACAUCCUACAAAAAAUCUACGCCUAUCAGUUCAGAUUUCACAUGCCCAGUAACAAAAACCAUGUCACAGUCCCUCCAAUGAAGUUCAGUUCAAAACAUCAAACGAAGUAUCGAAAGUCAAUAAUACACAAGACUUAUCUCCAACACUGUCGUCCAAACUAGUCAUUUUUGGACCUCACAAAGCACUGUUCUUCAUAGAUUCAUUUACUGUCACAAACAACCUUAAAAUUCUUAGUGGCUCCCAUGGACGACAGUGCUAAGAGUGCUGAACCGAGAGAAUUUUCAAGUCCUUUGCUUUCCACAGAAAUAUUGCAAGCUUAUCAUGGUAACGAUGGGGUUGAGUGUGAGGAAAAGAGGCAGGAAGAAACUUGGUCGGUACCAGCUAUUCUUAUUCUUACCACCCUUGUUGCGGUCUCAGGUUCUUAUGUUUUUGGGUCUGCUAUUGGAUAUUCGUCUCCUUCUCAAAAUGGAAUCAUGGAUGAUCUCAAUCUCGGCGUGGCUGAGUAUUCGAUUUUUGGAUCAAUACUGACGAUUGGAGCAAUGAUUGGGGCCAUCAUAAGUGGUAGAAUAGCAGACUACGCAGGUCGAAGAGCUGCUAUGGGUUUCUCCGAAGUAUUCUGCAUCUUGGGAUGGCUUGCCAUAUCAUUGUCAAAGGUUGGUUGGUGGCUUUACGUGGGAAGAUUUUUGGUAGGAUGUGGAAUGGGCCUUCUAUCUUAUGUGGUACCAGUUUAUGUGGCAGAAAUAACACCCAAGAAUCUCCGAGGGGGAUUCACCACAGUUCAUCAGUUAAUGAUUUGUUGUGGGGUAUCAUUAACUUAUCUUAUUGGAUCGUUCUUAAAUUGGAGGAUUUUGGCUCUAAUAGGAACUAUUCCGUGUCUCGUACAACUUUUGGGUCUAUUCUUCAUUCCCGAAUCUCCUAGGUGGCUGGCAAAAUUUGGUCACUGGGAAACGAGUGAAUCUGUUCUACAGCGUCUUAGAGGAAAGAAUGCUGAUGUUUCUCAAGAGGCCACUGAAAUUAGAGAUUUUACCGAAGCCCUUCAGACCAAAACAGAAGCUACCAUUUUUGGCUUAUUUCAGUUGCAGUAUUUGAAGUCACUUACUGUAGGAGUUGGUCUGAUGAUACUGCAACAGUUUGGAGGGGUUAACGGCAUUGCUUUUUAUGCAAGUUCUAUAUUCAUCUCUGCGGGAUUUUCGGGAAGUAUUGGAAUGAUAGCAAUGGUUGCAGUUCAGAUCCCAAUGACAGCUCUGGGAGUGCUUUUGAUGGAUAAAUCUGGUAGACGACCACUUCUGCUGGUUUCUGCUUCGGGAACAUGCUUAGGAUGCUUCCUUGCAGCCCUAUCAUUCUUCUUGCAGGACCUACAUAAAUGGAAGGAAGUCAGUCCCAUUCUGGCACUUGUCGGUGUACUGGUAUAUACAGGAUCAUUCUCUCUUGGCAUGGGAGGAAUCCCCUGGGUUAUAAUGUCUGAGAUAUUUCCCAUUAAUGUGAAGGGCUCUGCAGGAAGUCUUGUGACUUUGGUUAGCUGGUUGUGUUCUUGGAUCGUGUCAUAUGCUUUUAACUUUCUCAUGAGUUGGAGUUCCGCAGGAACUUUCUUCAUCUUCUCUGCCAUAUGUGGCUUCACUGUUCUGUUCGUGGCAAAACUAGUGCCAGAGACGAAGGGGCGUACGCUAGAAGAAAUUCAAGCAUCCCUCAAGAGAUGAAU